GAGAUCAGUACUCAGAGACCCAGGUGGUCGAGCUGCUCCUCCAGAUCCUGAGUGCGGUGGAUUACCUUCACAGCCGCCGCGUGGUGCACCUCGACCUGAAGUCUGACAACAUGCUGGUGGACGACUGCAACCACCUGAAGGUCGUGGACCUGGGCUCCGCUCUGUCCUUCACCCCCGGGCAGCCUCUCACCGUGGAGCACAUCCACGGACACUCCGACAGCAAAGUGUAUAUAUCGUCCUCCCUAAAGCUCCUGAGAUCCUGGAGGGUCAGGGAGUCGGACCUGAAACUGACGUCUGGGCUGUGGGAGUUCUGUCCUUCAUCAUGCUGAGUGCGGACAGCCCGUUCCACGCAGACCACGCCUGGGAGCAGGACAGGAACAUCAGGAAGGGGAAGAUCCAGUUCGGGCGCUGCUACCCCGGCCUGUCAGAGGGAGCGCUGACCUUCAUGAAGAGCAGUCUCAACAACAAGUCCUGGGGGAGACCCACGGCAGCAGAGUGUCUCCAGAACUCGUGGCUGAGAGCUCAUCGCGCCCGUCACUCCAAAGUCAGUUUCUCCACCGAGAAACUGAAGGAUUACCUCCAGCAGAAAGAGGAGAAACGAGACCUGGUGCGCACCAAGAUCCAGGGGCCCUUCUUCCAGUAAAAACACCCUCUCUUUGAAGGUCACCUAUUAUGCAAAAUCCACUUCUUCAUGUCUCUUCUACAUCAA